UACUUGGUGGAGGUUGGUAUACCAUUAUGACGUUACCAUUUCAAGUAGGAAAACGAUUUUUUCUUUAUGGCUAGCUUUAAAAGCAUUGCUCAUUUAUCAUUUCCACCAUAAUAUUUACCUUCACUUCACAAAAAUAUGAAGAUCCUCACCAGCAUUCUCCUCAUCUGUGGCCUAGCGUCCUUCGUGAUCUUCAUGUCAAUACUACAACCCCAGAACUUCUACGGCAUCGAAUACGAUAUUCGAGUCAUCAACGGCUUCACAAACAACUCCUCCCUGCCUCUUGUCAUCUGGUGUGCAUCAGAACACAGUGAUCUUGGUGGACGUGCGCUUCAGGAGCAUGAUGACUUCAGCUGGAGUCUGAGGACCAAUUUCUGGGGCACCAACGACCAUUUCAAAUGUACAAUGAAAUGGGACCGAACAAGAAGGAGCUUUGAGGCCUUUAAGGCUCCCAGGGAUACACAGAGGUGCGGUCCUUUUAGGAAGUGUUCUUGGUUGGUCAGAGAAGAUGGGUUCUAUUUCAGCAACGAUGAAGUAAACUGGAGAAAAGAUUUUUCAUGGUAACAUUAAUGAUUGGGAAACGGUUCUCAUUAUAAUUAACGAAGUGCAUGGACUACUGGAAAAAAAAAUUGAAGGGUAUUUUUGUUUUUGGGUUCCUUUUUAAAAUUAAAUAUUUCCAUUUUGCUUUGCUAAGUCACAGAUGGAACCCCAAGUUGAAUUGUGUUAUGUUAGAAACGACUGUAAUGCAAUUUUGGUUAAAUUAUGAGUUUACUCUAAGCAAUAUGUAAUAAAAUAGUAUUCUUUUUUCUAUAGGGCAUUGGAAUUGUAAUGCUUACCUGAAUGUUAAUGGCAGGCCUUUUGUCGGUUUGGAAA